AUUUCAGGAAAAGUCUGACUGUGGAGCAAGACAAGAUGAAGGUUGAGCUACUGCCUGCCCUGACUGACAACUACAUGUACCUGGUCAUUGAUGAGGACACCAAGGAGGCUGCCAUUGUGGAUCCAGUGCAACCCCAGAAGGUUAUAGAAGCCGUGAAAAAGCACCAUGUAAAGCUGACCACAGUGCUCACCACUCACCACCACUGGGACCAUGCUGGUGGGAAUGAGAAGCUGGUGAAGCUGGAACCUGGGCUGAAGGUUUAUGGAGGUGAUGACCGCAUUGGGGCCUUGACUCACAAAGUCACACACCUUUCCACACUGCAGGUGGGGUCUCUCAUUGUCAAAUGUCUGUCAACACCAUGCCAUACUUCCGGACACAUCUGUUACUUUGUGAGCAAGUCUGGUAGCUCAGAGCCCUCUGCAGUGUUCACAGGUGACACGUUGUUUGUUGCUGGCUGUGGGAAGUUCUAUGAAGGGACUGCAGACGAGAUGUACAAGGCACUGCUCGAAGUCUUGGGCCGGCUUCCUCCAGACACAAAAGUCUACUGUGGCCAUGAGUACACCAUAAACAACCUUAAGUUUGCACGACAUGUGGAACCCAACAAUGCUGCCAUUCAGGAGAAACUGGCCUGGGCCAAGGAGAAGUAUGCUGUUGGGGAGCCCACGGUGCCAUCCACCCUGGCAGAGGAGUUCACCUAUAACCCCUUCAUGAGAGUGAAGGAGAAGACUGUGCAGCAGCAUGCUGGGGAGACGGACCCUGUGACCACCAUGAGGGCCAUCCGCAGGGAGAAGGACCAGUUCAAGGUGCCACGGGACUGAGGCACAUGGGGAUGGGAACUUUUAAGUGACUGUCUGGUUGCUCAUGCAGGAUCUAGUCUGCUUUUAUUUUAAGUUAAUCCAGAGCCCUUAGCUUAUGUUAUCAAAUGUUCUAAUGCAUAUUUAUAAGAGAAAAAGGUUAAAAGUAUUUAUUCCCAUAACCCUGUUUAUGGACUCUGCAUUAUCUCUGGCUAUAGAUGUAUAUAGCCUCAGUGCCUGUGGUCACAUGAUGUCCAGUGUUCAGCUAGCUUCUUAGAGUGGUGCUGGCUCUGGGAAGGCCUGAUCUGGGCUUCCCACCUUGGCUUUCUGGCUCUUUAGGGAGAAGGAUGGCUGGCACCCUCCUUGGCUUUUCCUCCCUCUUCCACUAACCUCUGUGGCCCGUCCAAGCCCCAGACUCUGGGUCCUCAGGUCAUAUUGCAGGUAAUAGUUUAGGUCUGAGUGGGUAGGAUGGAGUCAGCAGACAUGGAUGCCCAGUGACACCGAGGACCCUGAUAGUUGGAGGAAGAAUUUGAGACUGGGGUGCCUGGUCUAAACCCCCAGGGGACGGUUGACCCUGACAGAGUGGAACGUUGCUUUGAUCUGUGCUGGGUGCGGUCAGCAUCCCUCAAGCCUGCUGCAGCAUGUGCACCCUGUUCUGCUGUCUGCAUUGCUGGCCUAGCCCCCAGGCUGUAGCUUCACAAUACCCUUGUUUCCUUGCAGUUGCCUCAAACUUUAGCCUGCUGUGGGGUCAGGAUACAGGUGGUCUAAACUGCAUUACUGCCACACAGUUCCUCUUUAGAAAUGACGUAGGUGGAGCCAUUACUCCUGCCUAUGCUUUCAUCUCCAGAGGUGACAUGGACUGGAACUUGCAUGUGUGGUGCAUGCGAUAAGUGUCAAAUCAUGUGUGCUUGGCCAAUCCUGCCAUAGCUCUAAUAGGCACUGUGGUUUCUACCAGCCUCCAAAUAAAUGCGGUAUCCCUCUGUGA